AUGAUGGAGCCUGCUACGGGAGCUUUGGUCAGCGCUGCCGCUUUGGCAGCUGGAGCUUACCUUAAUGCGAAAUUGGCCAUUUCGGUUGAUAUUCAGCAAUUGAGACAUGAACGAGCCUGGGGGGAGAGAUUCCAGAGCAGAAUUGAGAGCCUGGGCGAUUCGUGCUCAACCUACCACGUUUUUGAUGGAGUCGAUCCCGGAUUAGAAUUCCUCUGGUUUGAAGGCAAAUCUUGGACAUAUGGCGAGAUCAAAAGCUACGUCCACAGACUGGCUGCUUUUCUGGAGUCGGAAGGAGUCUCCAAGAAGGAUCACAUCGCCUGCUUCAUGACCAACUCUCCAGAAAUGGUCGUGACCGUACUUGCCCUCUCGAAACUAGGUGCUGUAGCCGCAUUAGUAAAUAUCCAUCUUCGAGGUGACACUUUGAUGUACUGUAUGGAUAUCUCAUCGGCUCGAACAAUAAUCUCGUCACCAGAUCUAGCGGAAUUUGUCCCCGCGAGCAUGCGACACUUCUCGCUGAAUCUCUUAACAUUUCCAAACACAAUUCCACAACAAAACACCACCGUCACUCUCCUCAACCAAGACAACUUGCCAAGCCCAAACAUAAUUACUCCCGGGGUAAAAGCAACACCUCAGGAUGUGACUGUACUCAUUUACACCUCGGGAACAACCGGGAAACCGAAAGCAUGCGGGGUUCGAAACUUUCUAUGCAUAGCGACUUCAUUACCCCUUUCACAGGAUAUCAAUGAUCCCCAAAAAUACUUUCCUCUUCGAACCUACUCACCCCUCCCUCUCUUCCACGGUACUGCGUUCUUCACCGCUUUUUGUUACACUCUCGGGACCUCAUCAACCUUCUGUCUCGCUCGGAAGUUCUCCGCAUCUCGGUUUUUCAAAGAUGUGACUGAGUCCAGGGCCACACGUAUCCUCUACGUUGGAGAAUUAUGUCGAUAUUUAGUCCACGCGCCUCCAUCAUCCUAUGACCGAGCACACAAAUGCAUCGUCGCAAGCGGAAACGGUUUACGGGCUGAGAUCUGGGAGAGAUUCCGAGAGCGGUACGGGAUUCCUGAGAUUCGAGAGUUUUAUCGAUCAACGGAGGGGCUGGCAAAAUUUGAUAAUAUAGGGUUCAGCGCAGCAGGGGCGGGGAGUAUUGGAUUCGCUGGGCCAUUGAGGAGGUAUUUGGAGCAGGACAAUUUUCUAGUCAAGGUAGAUCCAGAAACCGAGGCUCCUUAUCGGGAUCCGAGAACUGGAUUCUGUGUCAGAGCAAAGUUAGGAGAGCCUGGUGAAGUGAUUGGAAGGGUGAAAAGUCGAGCAUUACUUACAGAAUAUCUAAACAACGAAUCUGCGACGGAGGAAAAGAUAUUGUUUGAUGUAUUCGAAAAGGGAGAUUGUUACCAGAAGAUGGGCGAUCUCAUGAUACAUGAUCACACAGGCUGGGUACGUUUUCAUGACCGUAUGGGCGAUUCUUUUAGGUGGAAGGGAGAGAAUGUCAGCGCAGGUGAGGUUAGAGAUCAUCUCGCAAAGCUUCCCGGCGUUGUGGAUGCUGUGGUGUACGGGGUAAAACUAAGCAGUUACGACGGACAAGCUGGAGCCGCAGCUAUCACCUUGGAAUCUAACGCCGAUGGCCCCUUCAUGAACAAGCUUUACAAACAACUGAAAAAGACGGGGCUUCCUGGGUAUGCAAUGCCGCGUCUGGUGAGAAUUACUUCAGAAAUCGAGACCAACGCGACAUUCAAGAAAGCAAAACUCGAUAUUUCCAAGAGAAGUUGGAACUCCAGCGAUAAAGGUAAUCAAGACAAGCUGUACUGGCUCAACGGGAAGACAUAUCAACCGCUGGAUGGUGAUAGUUGGCGCGCAAUUGAGAUAGGAAAGGCAAAGUUGUAA